AUGAAUGCACCUCCACCGGGGUUCCAGAAAGUCCCGGAUGGUAUUACACCUUCUCCGCCCGGCUUCAGACCAGCACCACCACCUGGUUUUGUUGGCACGAGCAAUGCCACGUCCACCUCCCCACCCGGCGAACAGGCCGAUUCCGUAACGCCAAACAAAGAACACCAGAUGGACAACCCGGAAGACGAAGCCCGUGCGGAGCGAUGGAAGCAGCUCAAGCGUAAGCCUUACGCUACAAAGAAUGCCUUCGGCUUUUCAAAUUUGCAGAAGGAACGCAUGCCGCCUGAGCAUCUCCGCAAGAUCAUGCGUGACCAUGGCGAUAUGUCUUCACGCAAAUUCCGCCACGACAAGCGCGUGUAUCUCGGCGCGCUCAAGUUUAUGCCCCACGCCUUGUUCAAGCUGCUAGAGAACAUGCCCAUGCCCUGGGAGCAACUCCGCGAUGUCAAAGUUCUAUACCAUGUCACGGGCGCUAUCACGUUUGUGGAUGAAGUGCCGAGGGUUAUCGAGCCCGUCUUUCUGGCACAGUGGGGGAUUAUGUGGAUCAUGAUGAGACGCGAGAAGAGGGACCGCAAGCACUUUCGACGCAUGAGGCUACCGCCAUUUGAUGAUGAAGAGCCGCCGUUGGAUUAUGCCGGCAAUAUUCUGGACGUUGAGCCGCUGCCGCCGGUCCAGAUGGAACUGGAUGACACGGGGGAGGACAGCCCCGUGGCCGACUGGUUUUACGAUCACAGGCCGCUUUCUGACACACCAUUUACGAACGGGCCCAGCUACCGAAAGUACAACCUCAACCUUGAGAUUAUGACAACCUUGCAUCGCCUUGCGUCUCAACUCUUAUCAGAUAUCAUCGACCCAAACUACUACUAUCUCUUCAACAAGAACUCUUUCUUUACCACAAAGGCAUUGAACGUCAGUUUGCCCGGUGGCCCAAAGUUUGAACCUGUCAAGAACGCGGAUGGCUUCUUAGGUGGGUUUGAAGCAGAGGACUGGAACGAGUUCAAUGACAUCAAUAAGCUUAUCACGCGACGUCACAUAAGGACCGAGUAUCGUAUUGCUUUCGCGCAAUUGUACAAUUAUCACCCACAAGGUGCUUCGCUCUCCGUAUACCACUAUCCCGUCGUUUUAUACAUGGCGCCUCAGGAUAUGGACUUGCCAGCAUACUACUAUGACCCCAUUUUUAAUAUCAUCCCUGCGAGCACAAGAGGGAAGAAGAGAACAGAUGUCGAACUAUACGAGGAUGAAGAUAAUCUCGUUGGGCAUGACUAUCACGAUGAUAUUGAGAUUGACAGGCAUCGCGCUGACAGAUCGCGAGGCCGCGCAGAAGAGCACAAUGAAGAUGAAGAUGAUGGCGAAUAUGAAAUGCCCGCUGGUUUUGCACCCUUUCUUGUGGAGGAGGAUCUUGAACUUGAUCUGACCGCUGCAGCCAUUGGGCUCUUGUGGGCACCACGUCCAUUCAGCAUGAACAAGGGAACAUGCAGACGUACAGUUGAUGUGGCCCUGAUCAGUCCUUGGUAUCGAGAGAGGUGCCCAGCUGAUGUUCGUGUCAAGGUUCGAGUGUCUUAUCAGAAGCUCUUGAAAAACUUCGUCUACAAUGAGCUGCAUCGACGAAAACCCAAAGCAAGGUCCCACAAACGUCUAUUAAAAGCUCUUCAGAACACAAAGUUUUUCCAACAAACUGAGAUUGACUGGGUUGAAGCGGGACUUCAAGUUUGCAUUCAGGGGCACAACAUGCUCAAUCUGCUUAUCGCAAGGAAAGGGCUCUCCUUCUUGCACCUGGAUCAUAAUUUCAAUCUCAAACCAGUGAAAACUCUCACCACAAAGGAGCGAAAGCGAUCUCGUCUCGGAAACAGCUUUCAUUUGACCCGUGAAAUUCUACGCCUCACGAAGAUGAUUGUGGACUGCCAUGUUCAAUAUCGCUUGGGGAACGUUGACGCAUACCAGCUUGCGGAUGGUCUUCAGUAUACUUUAAAUCACGUGGGACAGCUAACCGGCAUGUACCGAUACAAAUACAAGUUAAUGAAGCAAAUACGACAGUGCAAGGACCUGAAGCAUGUAAUCUACCACAGGUUCAACGUAGACCCAGUUGGAAAAGGACCCGGUUGUGGUAUUUGGGCUCCAUCCUGGCGUGUUUGGUUGUUCUUCAUGCGAGGAAUUAUCCCGUUGCUGGAGAGAUGGCUCGGCAACUUGCUAGCGCGACAAUUCGAAGGGCGAAAUACGCGGAACGUCGCAAAGACGAUUACAAAGCAACGCGUGGAGUCUCAUUUUGACCUCGAACUGCGAGCACAAGUGAUGAAUGAUAUAAUCGAAAUGAUGCCACCUGGAAUCCGUCAUUCAAAGGCCCGAACCAUUGGCCAACACCUUUCGGAAGCAUGGCGAUGUUGGAAAAGUAACACACCAUGGAAAGUUCCGGGGCUACCGGCUCCAGUUGAAUCCGUCAUCAUGCGUUACGUAAAAUCAAAGGCAGACUGGUGGACAAACGUAGCGCAUUUCAACCGGGAAAGGAUUCGACGAGGAGCUACGGUAGACAAAACAAUUGUGAAGAAGAAUCACGGGCGUAUGGCAAGGCUAUGGUUGAAGGCUGAACAAGAGCGUCAGCUCAACUAUUUAAAGGAUGGGCCCUAUGUAUCGAUCGAAGAGGGGGUCAAGAUGUACAAGUCAAUGGUACAUUGGCUUGAGAGUCGUCGGUUUGCCCCGAUUCCGUUCCCACCUUUAUCAUACAAGCAUGAUACGAAGCUCUUGAUUCUCGCACUGGAGCGGCUGAAAGAGCAAUACACAAACGUGGUGCGCCUGGAUCAGUCUGAAAGAGAAGAACUUGGCUUGAUCGAGAACGCGUAUGAUAACCCUCAUGAGACGCUCAGCAGAAUCAAACGCCAUCUCCUGAUCAAACGAGCCUUUAAGGAAAUGAGAGCGGAUUUCACUGAUAACUACGAUCACUUAAUCCCGGUACAAUUCGUGGAACCGAUCGAGAGGAUUACUGACUCCUAUCUUGACCAAUAUCUAUGGUACGAAGCAGAUAAACGCCGGCUGUUUCCGAAUUGGGUCAAACCAGCCGAUUCGGAACCACCGCCUCUCCUCGUCUACAAAUGGGCUACUGGUAUUAACAAUGUCACUGAUAUUUGGGAUACUGCAGAUGGGAAGACCGCCGUUUUGCUCCAAGCAAAGCUUGAUCAGAUGGCGGAGAAAAUCGACCACUUGCUUCUGAACCGAAUGCUGCGUCUGAUCAUGGACCACAACAUCGCUGACUAUAUAACCGCAAAGAACAACGUCACAGUUUCAUACAAGGACAUGUCUCACACGAAUUCAUACGGAGUGAUUAGGGGUCUUCAAUUUUCAUCAUUUGUCGUACAAUACCAUGGUCUUCUCAUAGAUCUCCUAAUCCUCGGGCUAAGGCGAGCCACAGAGAUUGCAGGACUCUAUACAAUGCCAAAUGACUGGCUAUCGUUUGAGAAUCGUGAAACGGAAACUGCACAUCCGAUAAGAAUGUAUUGCCGGUACGUCGACAAGAUACACAUGGUUCUGCGAUUUGAUGUAGACGAAUCUGAAGAGCUUGUGCGGAGAUAUCUAACGGAACACCCGGACCCAAACAACGAGAAUGUCGUGGACUAUCGCAACAAAAAUUGCUGGCCGAGGGAUUCGAGGAUGAGGUUGAUAAAGCAUGACGUGAAUCUGGGUAGGGCAGUCUUCUGGGAUAUCAAGAAUCGCCUUCCUCGCUCAGCUACAACAAUCAACUUUCAAGACGACAAUUCUUUCGUUUCCGUUUACUCUGCAGACAAUCCCAAUCUAUUGUUUGAUAUGGCUGGCUUCGAAGUGCGAAUAAUUCCUCGAUCCCGGGAAAGUGCAUUACCCAUAAGUAUCUCGCAGCGCGACGGUGCAUGGGCAUUGCAAAAGGACUCUACGAAGGAGCGAACAGCGACAGCAUACUUGAGAGUAAGCGAGCAGAGCAUAGUGGGUUUCGAGAACCGAGUGCGCCAGAUACUGAUGUCAUCCGGGUCGACCACAUUUACGAAGGUUGCCAAUCGAUGGAAUCAAGCACUCAUUGGUCUGAUGACAUAUUACAGGGAGGCUGUAGUUCACACGCAGGAGUUGCUCGAUGUUCUUGUCAAGGCAGAAAACCGAAUACAAACGAGAAUUAAGAUAGGUCUCAACUCAAAAAUGCCGUCAAGAUUCCCUCCCGUUGUCUUCUACUGCCCUAAGGAGCUAGGCGGGCUUGGAAUGCUGUCGAUGGGCCAUGUUCUCAUCCCUCAGGCAGAUCUUCGCUACUCUAGGCAAACCGAUGCAGGUGGAAUCACUCAUUUUCGUGCAGGUAUGAGUGGAAGCAGUAGCGAUCAAAUGAUUCCCAACCUCUAUCGAUACCUGCAACCCUGGGAAGCUGAAUUCAAAGACUCCCAGCAAGUUUGGGCUGACUACGCUUUGAAAAGGUCCGAAGCCAUGGCGCAGAAACGGCGGCUCACAUUAGAUGAUCUUGAUUCAAGUUGGGACCGAGGUAUUCCUCGGAUUUCAACACUUUUCACGAAGGAUCGCCACACUCUUGCAUACGACAAAGGUUGGAGAGUCAGGUUAGAGUUUAAGAAAUAUAUGCACACUAGAAACGAUGCCUUCUGGUGGACGCACCAGCGGCACGAUGGAAAGUUGUGGUCUCUCACGAACUACAGAACUGACAUGAUUCAAGCACUUGGUGGUGUCGAGGGUAUUUUAGAGCAUACUCUGUUCGCAGGAACUUUCUACCAAACUUGGGAGGGUCUCUUCUGGGAAAAAGCAUCUGGUUUUGAGGAGUCAAUGAAAUUCAAGCGUUUAACGAAUGCCCAACGAUCAGGCCUCAACCAAAUCCCGAACAGGCGUUUCACAUUGUGGUGGAGUCCGACCAUAAAUCGGUCAAAUGUAUAUGUAGGUUUCCAGGUGCAACUGGACCUCACAGGAUGCAUGAUGCAUGGCAAACUGCCAACGCUCAAGAUUUCCCUCAUCCAAAUUUUCCGUGCACACUUGUGGCAGAAAAUUCAUGAAUCGCUGACAAUGGAUAUUGCUCAAGUUCUGGAUCAGGCCCUAGAUGAACUAGAAAUCGAAUCCGUGAAGAAGGAAACUAUUCAUCCAAGAAAGUCUUACAAAAUGAAUUCAUCAUGUGCCGAUAUUCUUCUCAUUGCAGCGUACAAGUGGCCUGUUUCGAAACCAUCUCUCCUUUCGGCAAAUUCCACUGGAGAUGUAUUCCGACCGGACACGACGACAACGAAGUAUUGGAUUGACAUUCAGUUAAGGUGGGGAGAUUACGACUCACAUGACUGCGAGAGAUAUUCGAGGGCCAAGUAUCACGAUUACAUAACCGACAGCAUGUCGAUCUAUCCAAGCCCGACUGGGCUUUUGCUCACAGUAGACCUUGCUUAUAACCUUUAUGCAGGGUAUGGUUGUUGGAUACCUGGCUUGAAGCCCUUAAUGCAGCAAGCACUUGCGAAGAUCAACAAGGCGAAUCCAGCACUCUAUGUGCUAAGAGAGCGGAUGCGAAAGGCCCUUCAGUUGUACUCCUCAGAACCGACUGAACCAUACCUGAACAGCCAAAACUACGGGGAACUGUUUGGGAAUCAGGUGAUCUGGUUCGUUGACGAUACCAACGUGUAUCGCGUUACAGCCCACAAGACAUUUGAUGGAAACCAUGUCACAAAGCCGAUCAAUGGAGCCGUCCUCAUUUUCAACCCCAGAACAGGCCAGCUCUUCUUGAAGAUUAUUCAUACAUCGGUCUGGCAGGGGCAAACGCGUUUGUCGCAGCUUGCCAAGUGGAAGACAGCCGAAGAAACUGCAGCCUUAAUUCGUUCAUUACCUCGAGAGGAACAGCCGAAGCAACUGAUUGUCAUCCGAAAAGGUAUGCUCGACCCGCUUGAAACCCAUUGCUUGGAUUUCCCGAACGUGAUAAUCAAAGGCUCGGACCUUCAACUUCCGUUUCAAACGCUGCUCAAGAUAGAAAAGUUUGGGGACCUCAUUUUGAAGGCCAAGGAACCUCAGAUGGUUCUGUUCAACGUUUUCGACGACUGGCUUCGCAGCGUGUCAUCAUUCACUGCGUUUUCUCGUCUCGUACUACUGUUACGGUCCCUUAAGGUCAAUACGGAAAGAACCAAAAUCAUUCUCAGACCGGAUGCCAGCGUGAAGACGGAGCCUCAUCAUGUAUGGCCUACUCUAUCGAACGAAGAGUGGAUGAGAGUCGAAAUUGCCCUCAAGGACCUUAUCUUAGCAGAUUUUGGAAAGAAGCAUAAUGUCAACGUCGCGAGUCUAACAGAGUCUGAAGUUCGCGACAUCAUUCUAGGCGCAGAUAUUGUCCCGCCAGGGGAACAGCGGCAGCAAAUGGCUGAAAUCAAGAAAGCUGCAGAAGAACAAGGUCAAAUUACUGCCGUAACAAGCAAAUCGAAAGACAAGCAAGGCAAUGACAUCGUAGUCACUACAACGUCAAACUACGAACAGGCAGUGUUUGCCUCGCGAACAGAAUGGCGAGUGCGUGCAAUUUCUGCGGCAAAUCUGCACUUGCGCACACGGCAUAUCCACGUCCCCUCCGAGAGCAGCACUCGAGAAGGCUUGUUCACUUACGUUCUUCCACAGAACGUGCUGCGAAAAUUCAUCUGCGUUGGAGAUUUGAGAACACAUAUCGCCGGCUACCUUUUCGGUGUCUCGCUACCUGGAGACGCAGCCGUGAAAGAAGUGAGGUGCGUAGUAGUACCGCCUCAAGUGGGCUCUCAUCAGAAAGUCUCACUCCCAGAUCAAAUCGCAUACCACGAACUGCUUGUAGAUCUCGAACCGCUAGGUUGGAUCCACACGCAACCAGCUGAGUUGUCGCAAAUGUCCCCGAAUGAUGUGAUUGAAAUGGCUGGAAUGAUGGCUCGUGAUAAUAGACUGUCGGGCGAUACCGCAAUCGAUGUUACAGUUUCCUUCACGCCGGGAUCCUGUUCAUUGCGAGCCUACCAGCUGACUCCUUCUGGGUAUGAGUGGGGACAGGCGAAUCGAGAUGCCGACGCAGUGUCUGCUGUGCCGCCAGGCUUCGCGACAUCUCACUACGAAAAAGUACAGCUCCUUCUGAGCGACAGGUACAGUGGGUUUUUCCUUGUACCAGAGGUUGGCUCCUGGAAUUACAACUUUAUGCGAGUGAAACACAGUUCAGAUAUGUCGUAUCGGUUACGGGUCGGGAAUCCGAAGGAAUUUUACGAUGAGACGCACAGACCAAUGCACUUCCUACAAUUCACUGAGGGUCGUGCAGGCAAGGAUGAAGACGUUGAGGAGUACGAAAACUUGCACGGGUGA